AUGUCCCCCCUGUCAGUGGGGACGAGUAUGGCGCACGACCGAGCGUCCAAGAUGGCCGAGAUGUUUGAUCCCGACGCGCGAUACCUCGUCCUCACGCGUUCCAGUUCUACUCGGAUGCCAGGGGCCAUGCCGCCUGGGAAAGGGGAUGGCGACGGCGUUGUGGGGUUGGAUGGUGACAUUGUGGGGUUCGCGAGCUUUCGAUUCGAUACGGAGGAUACGAUGGGGUCGCAAGAUGUCGAGGUCGUGUAUUGUUACGAGCUGCAGUUGUCGGAACAGGCGCGCGGGAUGGGUCUCGCCGCAAUCCUCAUGGCGGAACUGGAGGCAAUCGGCGCUAGGAGGGGCAUGACAAAGUCGAUGCUCACAUGUUUGACAAACAACACGGCCGCGCUGGCAUUCUACGCCAAAGCAGGGUACACGCCCGAUGAGAUUGAUCCCACCCGCAUAGCAGAAGAGGGGGGGUGGGAGGACGUCGACUCUGACGGCGAAGACCGGCGGCCCGACUACCGUAUCAUCUCCAAACUACUUUAA